CAAAAGAGAUCAAAAGGGAACAACUUUUGUAUUAGAACAAUUAUUUUGACAAAGAUCUCUCAACCAUGAUGAGAAAUAAAUCCUGUUUAUGCACGAAUAGACGCCAGUCUAAUAUUGCUAGGCUAAGAUCUGGAAGGAAUGUGGCUAUGAAUAAUAUUGAUAAUUAUAGCAAUGGUAAUGAUAUGGUAGAAGUUUUUGAAGACACAUUCUGUUGUCAAGGAUUUCUCACACGUAAGGACGGAACGUGCUCAGUUCUUGUUAAAUUGAAGUUAAUGUGUCGAUGCUCGAUCAAGUAGGGAUUCUUUCAAGACUUUAAUACUGGUCUGUACACGUUUAUCUAUGCGUAAUCAACGUUAAUUCUUAGCUGAAAUCUUACAACGAACUGUCAUUGCGAAAUUUAUUACUUCAAAACUUAUAAAAAAAAGACUAUGGAAGACAAUAUUCGUGACAACGACUACGAAAAUGAAAGCACAAUAUAUUCCAACGACAUGAUCACUUCAAAGAAUGAGUUUAACGGGGAUUCAAAUUCAAAUUCUUCCGAACAAGAUGUCGACAACUGCAACGAAGAAAGAUGUUCUGACGAAGUAACAAAACUUCGAGAUCUCCUUCCCUUGAGGACGGACAUCGACUUUAAAGAUUGCGAUGAUUUAUUCUUGUUAACAUUUUUACAAGCUAGACGUUUUAAUGUUGACUGUGCAUUUGAUCUUUUGUGUAGCUACUUCGAUUUCCGAAAGAAAAAUCCCAACUUUUUWAAAAACGUUAAAGCAUCUGAACUUAGAUAUAUUCUUGAAGAUGGCUUUCCCUGUGUUUUGCCAUAUUCGGAUCCAGAAGGUUCCAAAAUAAUGGUAUUGUUUGCUGGGACAUGGGAUAUUGAAACUUUUAAUGUAGAAAUAAUCCUCAAAGCCAUGAUUCUAAGCUUUCAACAUCUAAGUAAAAACAUUCAAGUACGGCAGAAAGGAAUUCUUUUGUUGGUAGAUUUCAGCGGAUGGACCACAAAUCAUGCCAAGAAACUUAAUAUUGGCUAUAUCAGAAAAAUUACUUCAAUAUUCCAGGAAUGUUUUCCAAUCUGGUUUCGAAAUAUUCAUUUCAUCAAUCAGCCUUGGUAUGUGAAUGCUCUCAUUGCACUGAUGAAGCCAUUUAUGAAGGACAACAUCCAAGAGAGGAUUUUUCUCCACGGUAACAACAUGACAACUCUCCACAAUCAUAUCCCACCAGAGGACCUCCCUGCUGAGUUUGGAGGUAACAGAACAGAAGUUGACCAAUGCUUUUGGGCCAAUCAUCUUUUGGCUGCUGAGAAGAGAAGUCUUAAAAGAGUAUCAACUAUACGAAGAGGGAAUAACCCUCUAAGAUUGUCAGCCAUGGGUAUUGUUGAUGAUGAGCCUUCAGAAAGUGAACCUUUGUUGAGCAGUCUUUCAUAAUUAGUGGCAGAUCCUGGAUCUUAAAGGGUGGGGGGUGGGGGGGUUGUACAAAAAUGGUCACCUCUUAGAAAAAAACUGAAUCACCCUAGGAUUUGCCAUUGAUGACAUUCAAUGACGGCUCCUUGGACAAACAGUCAAUGGCUAGUCUGCCUAUGAUGAAGGCGCGUUUUCAUUUUGCCUUUUAUCUUUUGAUUUUAAACUGUAAUAAAUAGUGCUUUUCUUAGUUUAGGUUAGCUUAGUUUUAUCUCUUGUAAAUUAGAUCUGAAAAGCCCUUUAGAGGGAGAUCGAUAAAGUUAUUGUAUUGUAUUGUAUCUAAAGUUUGUUUUAAAUAUAUAUCAUUUUUAAUCCGCUAACCAUUGUCCAGAGUUUCUAGAAGUAGGCCCUGUCACCUCAUGAAGGUUGCGUUGUAGUAGGAGCUGAGGUUAAAAAUUAUCAAUGAAAACUAGUAUGCAUUUGA